UCUCUCAAGGGUCGGGAUUUUACGGUUAAUAAUGUCCGCUAACACCGCCCAACAAAUACCUGAUGUGUGAAGGACGAUAGAACGCACGAUGAUAGAGAUAAAGCAAUCUUGAUCUCGGCGAGACGCCUGUCGGGUACAACAAGGAUAUGUGACAGGCACGACGAUUAGCCGACGUCGAACGAUUGUAUAGCCAUGAGUAUCAUGCUUUUUGAGGGCGAGACGCAUGCCGAGUUGUAUGCCAAGUAUCGACCUAAAUAUCCAGAAACACUGUACGAGACGAUUGGGGAGUUCUGUCGUGCCCCCGGAGCCAGCGGAACGGGCGUGGCUGUAGACGUGGGGUGCGGCAGUGGGCAAGGCACCUUUCCUCUUUGUGAAAUGUUCGACAGUGUGGUAGGCGUGGAUAUUAGCCAGAGUCAGAUCGAACAGGCUAUACGUCUCCAGAACUUCGAUCAGAAGUAUGACACAAACAAACUGAAUUUCCGGGUCGGACCUGCAGAGGACCUGAGUUUCCGGGAAGACAACUCUGUUGAUCUUGUGUCAGUUGCAGCUGCCAUACACUGGCUAGAUACAGAAAAGUUUUAUAAGGAGGCUGACCGGAUAUUGAAACCCGGGGGGUCGCUCAUCGUCUACACUUACGUCUUACCUGAUCCAGACAAGGAAGAGGCUGGGGCGUUGGAAGCGCAGUUCUAUAAAGAGCACCUAAGCGAGUAUGCAAGCAGUCGAAUGUUUCCGAAACUAGAGGAUUAUAAACUUCCUUUUGAUGAUGAAUACGGUGUGCGGACGGUGCCGAUGAACCACACCUUGACUGUCCACGAAUAUGUCGGGUUUAUCACCACACUGUCUGCCAGUCAAACCUACCUCCAACACAAUCCUUCCUCGGCUAUAUUCGACGAUCUCACACAAAGGUUGUUAGACUUAUACACAGAUCCUGUCACCAAGGAGGAAAUGGCCAUGUACACAACAUCGACUGUGACUCUACGGACGGGUCGUAAACCACUCUAACCCCGUUAACCCGGACAUAUAACACAGCUACAGCUGUGACUCUACGGACGGGUCGUAAACCACUCUAACCCCGUUAACCCGACAUAUAACACAGCUACAGCUGGCAACCUAGCCGACAUUAUGAUCCAGAGGCCCAGCUCAGGGGAGAUGUCCUAUCUGACAUAUUUGGUUUGUGGUGGCUGUCUAUAUCACUCGUGUUAACAGUAGCUAUGGGUGCCCGUAUCAUCGGAGAAAAUUAUAAUAGAUUGUAGUAUGAUAGAUAGUUCAUUCAAAAGUAAGAGUUGCUUUUCUUUUGAACAGGUUAGUUGUGCACAAAAAGAAAAACUAAAAAAAUAGUUCGCGAUUGUCCAAUUGACUAGUCUGUACAUUUAGCUGUGUUAUUAUACUAUGUAAGCCACACCUGUAGUCUGUUAGAACCGAACAGGUAUUUUAGUAGUCCCAGACCCAAGUUCCAAGAACCUAUCUUGUCUGCGCACAAACUUAAACGUCAAGGUCGGAUACAAGCUCAAACCACCUUUCCCCUGAUUGGGUCGGUCCACGUGGCCUGAUGACAUGACGGGACUGGGUAAUUGCCAAGUGAUCUGUUCGUAAUGUUUUGAUUAGUUCAGUUCGACAUGGAUAUAGUCCUAAACAUAUGGCCCAUUAAAUAAAGGUGCUCUUUUUCCUAUUUCCAUUUUUACGAUAUAACACAUGUACUUUGACUGAUCUAUUAAAUAUGUCAAAUUGCAAAGCUUCGACUUUCGUCAGAAACACAUAUCGGCACGUUACCACAAGGAGUUUUAAUGAAAGUCCAUUUCUUCUAAAGCUCACUUUCAAUAUUGUCUACCUCUUUGACGGGCAGCGCGAAUGUUGCAAUUUGGAUAAACCCCUAAUCGAUCGGAAUACAACAACGGUAUUUGCGUAAUAGAUACAAUCUUUUUUCGUAAAAUAAACUGAUAUUUUGACAAAUCAGAGAAGGUCCGAAAAAUCUGAAAGACAUCGACCAUGUUGCCAAAUCAACCAGGUCUAAAAAUACUUAAACAGAUAACCUCAACUGUCUAGCUAAUCAGAUGUAUGCUUGUUUCACUGAAUGAUACCUUCCGAUGCCUAAUUGAAUAAUUAGAAUGUUUGUUUUGAUAAUUGAACAUUUUUCAAUCAUUUUAUGAUUGAUUUAAAGCUUUUUAUAUAUAAUGAAGUUUGAGAUGAAGGGCACGUUUAACAUGAUUCUCUUGCUUGAUCUGAAUAUAUAUCAAUUUAUGAAGAAACAUACCUGUUAACAUGGGAGGUAACUCUUGCAGUUAGACGAUAACUCUGUGUUAGCUAAGAUAAGUAUUGUAGAUCUAUUGUAGACCAAUCAACAACGGAAUACUGAAACAUUGGACACUGAACAUCCGUAAUGCAACAUUUAAAAAAUAUAGAUGUAGUAAUGAAUGAGACAAAACUAAUAGACGGUGCUAAUGAAUUUUAUUUUUUCUGGAGAUGUAUUUGUACAUUUAAUCAUAUGUGCUGAAAUCAACUGACCAUUCAACGGCUUUAUAUGCAAGACCAUGGUAGGGACAAAUUGAUUCCAGCACCUGUUAAUGUGAUCAUGCUGUAUUGUACCACCUAAAGCGCCGACAAGGACGGGUGAAACCUUUGUGGAGCCACGGGUAGUUGUGUUACUUUGUUUUAUACGUGUAUAUUCCAGUGAAUUAUGUAAUUUCUUUUGUGACGAAUACCUCAUAAGCAGUGCCCAGCUUGCUCUAGAGAGUAGGUCCAAUUUGAUGAUGACUUUACCUGUGGACCUUACCUGUGGACCAAUUUUUGUGUUGCAUUGUUUGUUAUCCUAUUGCAUGUUAUCAAAUAAAUCAUAUUUUGAAGAUA